CAAGAAAAAUCAGACUCGAAAGCAUUAAAGCUUCAAUGAGAUCCUCUUUCGUUGCCAAAGCUCUUCCAGCUAUCAAUCUUGGCCUCAAAAAGAAUAUUAAGGAUUUAAAGUGAAGAAACUCUGCAAAACUGAAUAUGAAUAGAAGGAGAAGCAUCAUGGACUCGUUAAGGAAGGAGAACUCAAAUAUUACCCAAACUGUAUUCUUCAGAAAGCCAAAGAAGUUCUCUCUGUUUAACAAGAAAAUAAGCAUGAUUCCAAACUUUUGGAACAACAAAAAGGAGAAAAAGUUGACCAAAGAUAGGAACUUUAAUACUGAUAAAGGAAAGAUCAUAAUCUGAAAAAGACAGACAGUGGGUGAAAGGAGAGAACAAAUCAAGAGGAUCUUUGAGAGCAUGGAUGAAAAGUACUCUAAGUACAUCAGGAGUGAAAUCCAAAGGAAACAUAAAUUGGCUAUAUAACUAAGUAAUUAACUGUA